AUGCAGGAGAUCAGAUGUGGCCACCUCGCCCCGACGUUCAAGCAGAACGACAUCCGAUCCGAUGUGCUGCUCGAGCUCGAGCAGGCGACGCUCAAGGAGAUGGGCAUCACCUCCAUCGGCGACCGCCUCCGCAUCCUCAACGGUGUCAAGGUGCUCAGGGCACGCUGCAACACCCGCUCCCGUCAGGCGAGGAUGUCUAUUCUGCUCGAAACAACGCCGGCGGCAGCGGCAGUGCCAGCUCCCCAGCGAUCGCCGUCGACGUCGCGCAGGCCGGGGCCACUGCAGCUCGCCACGCGCCCGUUGCCGAGCCAUCCAACUCCCAACUCGGCAGCAGCCACGAUGCCGCUCUCCGGGCACCCGAACAGAAGCAACAGACUGGCGCCGCCCCCGAUGCCGCCCCCCAGCACAGGGUCACGCGCGCCGAUCAACACGCCCGAGUACACGAAGCAGCCCCUGCCACCGACCCCGAACAACUCCCUUCUGACGCCCGUAUCAGCCCAGCCGGCGUCAUGGACUCCCUUUGGUCUCCCAUCCGAUCCUCGCGCAAACACUACGGGUAGUGGCACAGCCGGAUACAUUCCUCAGCAUUCAAAGCCGCUCUCAUAG